CGGGAAAGUUGAAACGGAACGCCAAUCCUGAUGAUGUCCUCCCACCAUCACCAUCACCACCAUCCGCACCAUCAUCAUCAUCAUCAUCACGAUAACAUUAUGUCGGAGGUGGAGGUGCCGGAUGCGAACAUCGUGGAAGUGGUCGAUGGUGCCAGUUUCGGCACCGAAAUAGACUACGAUCAGUACGGCGGUGUGGAUGGCCACUACGAGGAGGUAACGUGCGAAACGGAAGACUCGCAAGGAUUGAUGGGUCACCAUCAUCAUCUGCACCAUCAUCACCACGGGGACGAUGACGAGGAGAUACUGCACCACGAACCGGACAUUGGGCAGGCAGUGCACGAGGAAGUACUGGAUUCGUCCGGCGAUGCAAUGUGCGUGUACGGGGACAUUAAUCUGGAGAAUGAAAUCUACAUCGAGUCGGCAACGACUACCACCACCAACCCGGGACCUUCCUCCCGCAAGCGCAAAUCACUGAAACAAUCGCGAAGUAGUGGUAUCCGGGGUAACAACGAUAACCAUGGCAACAAUCAUCAUCAUCACAGUCAUCAUCACCAUGGGCUAACGGCGGUCGAGCAGCUGGACGUGACGCACAAGCGGCGCCGCUGGGAGCAGAAGCAGGUACAGAUCAAAACGAUGGAGGGCGAGUUUAGUGUAACGAUGUGGGCCUCCGGUACGGACGAUGACGAUGGAUCGAAUCCGGAAAUUGAUCCCGACUACACGGAGUAUAUGACGGGGAAGAAAAUUACACCCGACUGUGACACCACCACCAUACCCGGCAUCGAUCUGUCCGAUCCGAAGCAGCUGAGCGAAUUUACCCGCCCGGCACACAAAACGAAAGCGAGCAGUGGAAAACUGUCCUCGUCCAGCAGUAGUUCCUCGUCGAACGUGCUCUCGGCGGAUAUUGGUGGACCGGGCAGUUUUCUACUGGGCGGAGGGGGAAGUGGCGGUGGGGAUAGUAUUAGUAGCAGCGGUAAAUCACCGGACGUAGCGGAUCGUAACAUUGCCUGCCCGCACAAGGGCUGCACUAAGAUGUUUCGGGAUAAUUCGGCAAUGCGGAAGCAUCUGCACACGCACGGCCCGCGGGUACAUGUGUGUGCCGAGUGUGGCAAAUCGUUCGUGGAAAGCUCGAAGCUGAAGCGCCACCAGCUGGUACACACCGGCGAAAAACCAUUCCAGUGUACGUUCGAGGGUUGCGGGAAGCGGUUUUCGCUCGAUUUUAACCUCCGGACGCACGUGCGGAUACAUACGGGCGAUCGGCCGUACGUCUGUCCGUUCGAUGGAUGCAACAAGAAGUUUGCCCAGUCGACCAACCUCAAAUCUCACAUUCUAACGCACGCGAAAGCCAAGCGAAACAGUAGCAGUAGUAGCAGUGGUGGAGGUGGUGGUGGCAGCAGCAGCAGAAAUAGUCAGAGUAUGGUCCAAGCGGUGUCCCCACAUCAUACGGGCUCGGGCGGUAUUUUGCCACCGCAAGCAUUCGUCAAGAUGGAAUCGGUCGAGAUCGACAACGAUGCGUCGCAGUACAUUAUCUACACGGAUUAA